AUGACAGACAAAUCGGACUCUGGAUCCUCCAUAAACGAAGGCGCCGAUGCUCAGCUGGCCAGGGCUUUCGAAGGGCAUACUAAUAUUAGCCCUGGUGGCGACGCAGCUCGCUCGCAGUCCGCCCUUCAAAGAGUGCGAUCGGGCUUUUCGUUUUUCAACGAAAAGCUCAGUGCGCAGCGAAAGUCGCUAGUGAUCAAGACACUCUUGAUAUAUGCGCUAAUGGGCGCAUGUAUUCUAGGCAUAUUUUCCAUCUACUGGGGCUCGGCUUACCAGCGCACAUCACGGUUCAAAAACCUUCGGAUGCUCGUGGUGAUUGAAGACGACCAGACAAUAGACGGCACGGAUCCGUACAUCGGGGACUACUUGAGGCAAACGCUCCAAACGCCAGAGGCUCGUGAAUUGGGCAACUGGCUCAUACAAAACAACACAGCGUUCCAGGAGUUGGCUCUGAAGAACGGACAUGACAUCUACGCAGAAGUGCAGAGACAGGUGCAUCACCAGCGGUACUGGGCGCUGAUCUACGUCAAGCCAAAUGCAACCAUCAACUUGAAAAACGCCAUCAUCAACGGCGACACCCUGUACAAUGUCUCAUACGACUCCGUUGUCUCCUUUUACGAGACAGGCAGGGAUAUGUCAGCGAUGAUCCUGUACGUGAUUCCCAAUUUGCAGACUGUGGGCAUAAUGUUUGGCCAGCAACAGGCCAACAUCAUGGAGCUGAUACUCGCGAACGUCAAUACCUCGGAGGUUUUUUCUAGCAUGGAUUCCGUGAAAGUGGCCACGUCAUCUUUGGAGUUUACGUAUGUAGACGCACGGCCUGUGACGGAUGAAGUGCUCAUAGCCCCGUUGCAAGUCGGGCUCAUCUACAUGAUCAUCGUGACGUUUUUCGGGUUCAACUUCUUCGCCGAGAUUCACAAAGGGAUGAUUCAGGCAGGAGUCAAAAAGUGGCACUUGGUAUCCUACCGAGUCGCUGCAUCAGUCAGCAGUUUUUUCUUCAUCAGUCUUUUCUUUUCCUUGGUCACGCUUGCUUUCCAGGUCGACUUCACUGUGGCUUUCGGAAAGUCCGGGUUUCUUGUCUACUGGAUGACCACUUUCAUCACAAUGUGUGCGGUGGGAAGCAUGAAUGAAAUGGUUGGUAUGCUCUGCGUAAUGACCUACCCACCACUUCUAGGGUUCUGGCUUUUGUUCUGGGUGAUCAGUAACAUUGCCGCCACGUUCAGUCCUAUUGCCUUGUGCCCUGAUUUCUACCGGUACACAUAUGCCAUGCCGAUCCACGCUGCAUAUGAGAUAAACAAGGUCAUUUUCUUCGACACGUACAAGGGUGCCAUUGGCCGCAAUUUCGGCAUUUUGGUUGCAUGGGCCUGCAUUGCAAUAACUGGCAUGGCGCUUGUAUUCUUUCCUUUCAAGAACACGCUUAGAAAACGGGCCAUAGCCGAGAGAAGGGCUCUUGAGGAGCAAAUCUUGGCCAGCAGAGCCAAGGAUGAGGAAGACAGAAUCCGCUUCGACUGA